AAAUAUUCAUGAGCUGAAGGCCCUGCGUGCCCUUGCGUCAUGACGUAGCGCGACAAAUGCGGAUCCCGAUUGCUGCAGCCGCUUGUCAGUGUGACGAAGAUUGGCACCCAGGUCCUUUCCUGCUGCCUGCCCGUAUAAUGCCCCAUUGUUGGCAGUGCCCACUUUGAAUAUGAUGGCUGCCCAGUCUGUGUCCAUAGACAAAUAUCAAGAGGGAGACCAGCAGAUGGAGGUAAUGGAGCAGUCCGAGAGUGACCUUGAAAAGGGCUUUGCCAAUGGAAGCACCGGAAGCUCCAGCAGUCCGGUGUCCUCUGAACCACAAACACAAAUGGAUGUCGACAAAGCCUGUAUAUAUAGACAUCCUCUUUUCCCUCUCUUGGCUCUGCUGUUUGAGAAGUGUGAGCAGUCGACUCAGGGCUCUGACUGUGUGACAUCUGCAAGUUUUGAUGUUGACAUUGAGAACUUUGUCCGCAGUCAAGAGAAAGAGGGCAAAGCCUUCUUUAGUGAAGACCCUGACCUCGACAACUUGAUGGUCAAAGCCAUCCAGGUGCUGAGGAUUCAUCUGUUAGAGCUAGAGAAAGUGAGUGACCUGUGCAAGGACUUCUGCAGCCGUUACAUUUCCUGCCUCAAGACCAAGAUGAACAGCGAGACACUACUGAGUGGAGAACCAGGCAGCCCGUACUCUCCAGUCCAUGACCAGCUGGUCAACUCUUUCUCUAGUGCCCUCAGCCCCCAAGGCCUUGUGGUGCCCUCACCAGGUCCUCAACAAGGCAAUGUUACAGUGACGGCAGUCAAUCCAUCACAAGUCGUCCCAGGUAAUACAAUAUAUCAGCCAGUGACUAUGGUCUCACCACAGGGACAAGUGAUGACACAAGCCAUCUCACCUGGAACAAUACAUAUCCAGAACUCACAGUUCCAACUUCAGUUCAAUCAGGACUUGAGUUUCUUCGGAGGAGACGACAGCUCGCCUAAAAACAAGCGUGGCGUUCUCCCCAAACAAGCUACCAACGUCAUGCGCUCCUGGCUCUUCCAGCACAUUGCGCACCCCUAUCCCACUGAAGAAGAGAAAAAGCAAAUUGCAACUCAAACAAACCUGACUUUACUCCAAGUCAACAAUUGGUUUAUUAAUGCUCGAAGACGGAUCUUGCAACCGAUGCUGGAUGCCAACUCGACAGAGUCAGCUAAAACCAAGAAGAAAGCUCAGAGCCGCCCACUACACCGCUUCUGGUCCGACACCAUCGCCUCGACUGGAACCCAGCAGCAGCUCACAAUGCCAGACGGUAGUGUGGUUACAGUGGGGAUGAAUGUAGACGGCUUCCAGGCACUUUCAUCAGACGGAGCGACUCUUGCCAUGCAGCAAGUCCUGAUGGGAAAUCACAGCGAGGAUGAAUCGGAAGAAAGCUGCAAUGAAGACGACACAGAUUUGUCAUCCGCCAACAUGACCGGGCUGGGUUUAGAUGUUAGCGACUAAGCCACGCGGAUUGCAGGUCACACACUGCAUGCUUACAUUUACAUCGGAAAACUUGCACAUGCCGCUUGUUGCAAGAGAUCCAGACCCUUCGUAGAUUUUCAGCAAAGCUGAUACUUGUGCACUACAGAAUAAUUAAGAGUACUGUAUGUUGGCCUAUACGUUACACAAACACACACAAACCGUUUACAGAGAGCACAGCGUUACUGAGAGGUGCAGUGUGCAAGGAGUUGCGUUUCAUGUGCAGGUGUGUGCACUUUUAUACAGAUACACUUCUAGAACACAGGAAAGAUUUUAAGCUUCUUUAGUGAAUGUUUGGUAAUGAUUUUGUUUUCUAUAUUAACUCAUUUGAAUGCCAAGAAUUUAAGAGUUUGUCGUUGUGCUGGUUUUAUUCACACUGCAUGUUCAUGUUUUCUUCAGUAUGCUCACGCUUGUAGAGAGGCUCCGUGACAGAGAAAAGAGAUUAUUUUUAUAUAUGAAUGUUGUAAAAUAAAAAACGUUUUUUUUUUU